UGGGGAGUUCUCAGAAAAGGCAGGAAACGGGCGAUGCAGCCCCAAUGGGUACCCGGGGGUCCGCUGUGGUUUGGUGGAUUCUCUGUGUCCUCGUAUCAGAGGCCAGUGGAAGGAAUGUGCUGCUUAUAAUCGGUGAUGAUGCCGGGUUUGAGAGUGAUGUCUAUAACAACACGGCCAUCAAGACCCCCCACCUGAGAGAGCUGGCCGAGAAAAGCCUCAUCUUUAAGAAUGCCUUCACCUCUGUGAGCAGCUGUUCACCCAGCCGCUCCGCCAUACUGACCGGCCUGCCCCAGCACCAGAAUGGAAUGUAUGGGCUCCACCAGGACGUGCACCAUUUUAACUCAUUCGAUGACGUCAAAAGUUUGCCUCUGCUGCUCAGGCAAGCCGGCAUCCGCACAGGUGUUAUCGGAAAGAAGCAUGUAGGCCCGGAAUCAGUUUAUCCAUUUGAUUUCGCUUACACGGAAGAGAACAGCUCGGUGCUGCAAGUCGGACGCAACAUAACUCGGAUCAAGCUGUUGGUCAGAAAAUUCUUUGAAAGCCAGGACCAGAGGCCUUUCUUUCUGUAUGUUGCAUUUCACGACCCUCAUCGCUGUGGACAUUCCCAGCCCCAGUACGGGGCUUUCUGCGAGAAGUUUGGAAAUGGCGAUGUUGGCAUGGGGAGGAUACCAGACUGGACCCCUCGGUACUACACCCCGGAGCAGGUCCAGGUACCCUAUUUUAUUCCAGACACCCCCAGUGCCCGAGCUGAUCUGGCAGCGCAAUAUACCACCAUUGGCCGACUGGACCAAGGAGUAGGUCUUGUCCUUUCAGAGCUCCGGAGUGCUGGGCACGAGAAUGAUACGCUAGUCAUCUUCAGUUCAGAUAAUGGUAUACCCUUCCCAAAUGGACGCACAAACCUGUAUUGGUCUGGAAGAGCAGAGCCCCUUCUGGUGUCAUCCCCAGACCAUCCAAGACGCUGGGGGCAAGUCAGUGAAUCGUUUGCAAGUCUUCUUGAUAUCACUCCUACCAUCCUGGACUGGUUCUCUAUUCCGUACCCAAACUACAAGGUUUUUGGUAAGAGUGUUGAGCUGACCGGGAAAUCUCUUCUUCCUGCUCUGGAAAUUGAACAGCCGUGGGCUACGGUAUUUGGAAGCCAGUCUCACCAUGAGGUCACCAUGUAUUAUCCCAUGAGGUCAGUCCAGCAUAUGCAGUAUCUCCUCAUACACAACCUCAACUUCAAGAUGCCUUUCCCCAUUGACCAGGACUUUUAUGUGUCCCCAACCUUUGAAGACUUGCUAAACAGGACCGUUUCUGGCAAACCAACUAACUGGUUUAAGACUCUUCACAGCUACUAUUACAGAGACCGCUGGGAACUCUAUGACCGAUCAGGAGACCCUUCAGAGGCAAGAAAUGUGGCUGGAGAUCCCGGCUACCAGGGCAUCUUUAAGGCCUUGCGGGAUUUAUUACAAAAGUGGCAAUGGGAGACCUCAGACCCCUGGGUGUGUGCCCCUGAUGGUGUUCUGGAAGAGAAAUUAGAUCCAAAGUGUCGCCCCCUUCAUAAUGAACUAUAAUGGAUGAAUAUCUUGACUGUGGAACGGCAAAGGUGCAGAUCUGCCAUUUUUUUGCCUGUAGCUAGAAAGUCGGCACGCUGACUAUGACAUCAUACCACAGCUUCUGCCCACAGUGAAGUUCCCAAAUGCAUCAGGUGUAUGGAAUGCAACGCGCAUGGCUACUGGAAACCACUAGGUGGCUUGUACCUCACAACCUCCAUAACAAUGCACUUUAAUCCCAACAUGCACUUCUGCAGUAAGGCAGCUGCUCUAUAUACUGACUUGUGCCUUAAAAAAAGAGAGGACCGUAGUGCACGCCGUCCAAUCUGAUCAUAUAGCUCGCUCCAGGGUUUUAUGCGUUCCUUGUACCUCCUAUUGAAUGAGCCUCCUUCACCUCUCCUAGUAUCUUCCUACCUUUUAAAUGGCUUCCUUAUUGUUUCACCAGCCUACAGUCAAUUUAUUAUGCUGUAUCUGCUACAAAUAAUAAACUAAAUUAACUACAGAA